AUGGGAAAGGCUAAGAAGACAAGGAAGUUCGCCUUGGUGAAACGGACGUUAAACUCCAAGGAUCCACGUAUAGUGAAAAACCAAAAAAAGGACACCAAAAAAGUAGAAGACUCUGAGUUGACUAGAUCGGUACCUCAAGUCUCAUCAGCUUUAUUUUUCAAAUUCAAUCUGGCUAUUAGGCCACCUUACCAAGUGCUUAUCGAUACCAAUUUCAUUAACUUUUCUAUCCAGAAGAAGGUUGAUAUCGUCAAAGGGUUGAUGGACUGUCUUAUGGCCAAAGCUAUUCCUAUAGUGACAGACUGUGUCAUGGCAGAAUUAGAGAAAUUGGGUCCCAAGUAUCGUAUUGCAUUAAAAUUGGCCAAAGACCAUCGUAUACAAAGACUCAGUUGCACUCACGGUGGCACGUAUGCCGAUGACUGUAUUGUCAACCGUGUGAUGCAACACAAGUGUUACAUUGUGGCCACCAACGAUGCUGACUUAAAGAGAAGAGUAAGAAAAGUGCCUGGUGUUCCUUUAAUGAGUGUUGGUGGACAUGCUUACGUCAUAGAGAGAUUGCCAGAUGUAUUCUAG